CGGAGGCGUAUUCGCCGAUGACGUUACACAUUCUCUGAUUAGAUUACUUCUUGGAGCUGAUCUCGCUGAAAAUCACCUACGCUGUAGUAAUCACCAGAUCGCGCUUUUUGCAGGUACUCUUCAAUGCUGCAGUCGAAUAUAGUUGCCAGCGACGGAAACCGGCGUGGGCUCAAUCUUUCGAUUUCACUGCCUCUAGGUAACAACACAAAAAAUGGACGCUAAGCAGCAGGUUAAGCUCGCCAAGGUUACUAAGGUUCUCGGCCGCACUGGCUCCCGUGGUGGUGUCACCCAGGUCCGCGUUGAGUUCAUGGACGAUACCUCUCGUUCCAUCAUCCGUAACGUCAAGGGUCCCGUCCGCGAGAACGACAUCCUGACCCUUCUCGAGUCUGAGCGUGAGGCCCGCCGUCUCCGUUAAGGAACUCUGGGGAUUAUUCUUUCUCUUUGCUCUCCUCAACGGAUCGAACUGCGAAGAAUAGGCGUUUCUUUGUUCGUGUAUGAGUGUUUUCUAGCCCAAACACAAAUAAAAUCUCAAGCUCUACAGAUCCACGGCUGUUUCAGAGGGCGGAGGAGUGUUUAGUCAGCAGCAUGUAGCCAAUUCUCUACCGCGGACUGCUCUUUUCCGGCCUUUUCU